AUGCCUAACCUCCAAGUUUGCCGCCAGUUCGCCGCCGCCGGCACCUGCAUUUACGUGACCCCAUGGACAAAUUUCUCCGCGUUCUUCGCCAACUAUGCCGGAUUCGACUACAACCCAGAAAAUUCUGCAAUUCCAGAAUUCUAUAGGCUUUGCCGAUUCAUGGGUUGGGGCGGAUAUAAUCCUGACAGAGAGGAAGCACGUGAGGCGUUCAAAGAUGCGCUGGUGAAGGAGUUCAACGAUAUCUAUGGGACAGACGAGAACGACAUCAACUCCUGGCACAAGAUAUGUGUCGUUGUGGGUCUCGAUCCUCUGCCUGAUACCCUCGAAGAAGCGAGAGAUAAAGUCUUGACGAGAUACAUCAACCUCAUCGAUCUCGUCGACAAUCCUGCGGGUCGUGUCCACAGCUUUGGCUCCGUUGAAGAGCUGCGACAGUAUACGAUUGUCACGAAGAAGUUUUUCCCGAAGGAAAAUGCCUACGCGGGCGGACUGUUGAAGUACUUGCUUCGUGAGAUUCUUCACAAUAUACACGCUAGGAUAGCAAAGUAA